CAUUCAGAGCCAGCCUCCCACUCACUUCUGAUCUACCUUACCCAUGAUUCGAUAUCUGCAGCCAUGACAAACAUAAAUACAGUAGAAUCAUUACACAAACCUCAAACUUCGCCUGUGAUUAAUAACUUUGACCUCGAAUAAUUAAACAUUACUAAGCUAUCUGCUUUACCCCACGUAUUUCAACAGUGGGCGCGCCUUGGAAUAGACUAUUUUGGUCUGCAGGUUUAAUACUGGCGUGUCCGAGUUUACGCCUCGAAGACCCCGACGGCGAAAAUUUCCCUCUUGUCUACUAAAAGUCUCUCCUCGAACCAUUCUCUUCUCAUUUGUUUGUUGGGAUUAUCUCUCUCGUAUUUUAGUGUUCCAAUUAUCUCACAUAAUCUCAUCAUGACGAGACUUAUUCUAUCUACUGCCAAUGUCAUGUUGGCAGGCCCCUCCAUUAUCCGUAAACCCGGCAACAACAGAUCCAACCUCGAACUCGUCAAUUCUCUGCGUGACAACAUCGCCGAAGCUCAGCGCGAUUAUGCGAUCGAUGCGCAAGAAACGAACGGCUUCACGAACGGCGACACGCCCAAAGGCAAGCACACAGCCGUCGACCUCUGGACUGAACAAGAAGGCGAUGCGCUAUACGUUCCUCGCAUUAAUUGGAACGCCGCGGGCCUCCAAGAGGAACCCAGUCAGUAUGAGAUCACUGUCAAGUUUUUUGUUCUCCCGGGUAUGUCAGUAGCUGCUCGGGAACAACAUGUCAAAGAGGCUCUGGACUUGGUCCGGAGAGAACUCGGCAUUCAGACCAUCGACCUCCUGAUUGUAUCUUUUCCUGGCAUUUCGUUCGAAGGAAACUGCGAAUGGGAGGCGGACAAGACCAAUGCCCAACAGGGGAACCUUGAAGAGGAGCUUGCGACUUGGAAGGUGUUCGAGGGCCUGCACAAGCAAGGCCUCGUGAAGCGUCUUGCUGUGGCCGAGUUUGGUAGCGAGAAACUUGGCGCUUUCAUUAAGCGUGCGAGUGUCCGGCCCGUCAUCGACCAGAUCAACCUGCGAAACUGCUGCGAUGUUCCGCCUCCGCUGAAAAAGCUAGCCGAGGAAGAAGGCGUGGAAUUGCAUGUUCACAACGACUGUAUCGAUAUUCUUCCUCACGGUACUCUUCGAGAACUUCUUAGCCACGGGCCGAACGGCGCAGGUCUCCUUGCCGAUCCCGAUAACAGCGGUGCGGGUUUGACAGGAGAGAUUGUCCCGGAAUGGGUAGUGCGAUACACAGCAUUCGUACAGGAUCGAGGCGUCAUAGAGAACAAGGGAUAUUUUGCUGGAGCGGAGCUGGUGGCACCAUAGUUGGACAAUUCCCUGACGGCCGGGAAAAAGAGGAAAGACAAAGAAAGGGAAAAAGGAAGAGAUGAUGAACCAUUGGGUUUCUGGCAUAUUGGAUCUCCAAGCCAUAUAGGAUGGAAUGUAGUGGCAUCAUUUGUCCAUUUGUUUUUUGCAAAACAGCGAGCAUCAGAUACACGGAGUUUAGACACUAUGGUAGGGAAAUUGGCUGCAAGACGGCUUUUCUGUUUUUCUUUUUGUUUACCCAAGCAUGCUUCGUUUGCGGCCUCUCAUCCGCACGUCUUCUAGCUUCUUGAGAACAAUCUUGGCCUGUUUGAAGGUCUGGCCAUAGGCUUCGAGCACCUCUGGAAAGAGGCACUCUGCUCUUGGAUGUGUGCUACCAAAUGCUCUCUCCAGAACGUAGAGAUCCACUGCCCGGUCUUCGUCUGAUAUACUUCCACUCGCAAGACCCAGAUCGAUAAUAACCAAUUCUCCAUGUAAGGAAUUACCAUCUUGGGGGUUAGCUGGGGGUUGCAACAUCAUGUUGCUUGUGGUCAAGUCACCGUGGACAAUGCCGACCUUGUGCAUGUUGCCAAUAGCAGUACCGAUCCUUCGCAUGAGGUCCUUCAGCUCAGCAUCGCUCUCUAUGCCUUCAGUUCUAUUUCCGAGCCGCUCAUUGAUGCCCUUUCGAACAGGGCCUCCAGAUAUCCAUUCCAGCAUCAACCACCCAGCAGAUUCAUCCACAGCAUACACAGCUGGUACACGAACCCCAUCGCGGCGACACUUUGCAAGAAUACGAGCUUCUGAAAGGAUCCGGUGUUUCGUGAGCCGCUGAUCAAGAAUCGGGUGACGCCAGGGCUUAGGAGGGCGAUACUUGAGGGCGCAGGGAAUAUCGGGUAAUAGGUAAGUGGUUUUGUAGAGGCG